AUGAAUAUAUCACUCUCCAUCCCGGCAAUUUUCGAGUCCCGAAAAAACAAAAUUCUGCAGGAAUUAUCGGUUCCUGAUGAAGAGUAUACGGAUCUUUCACCGAAGGGAUCGGUAGAUGAGGGUAUUCGCGAUUUGAUUCGGGAUAUCAAUACUUUGCCUGGUCUUGUUACUACUAGCAGUUGUGCGGGGAGGAUCAGUGUCUUUUUAGAAGGGAGGAAGAAGACGGCAACGACGACGGGGGAUGAGAGUCUAGAUCAAGAUUCGGCCUCAGCCUCGAGACAGUUUGUUCCGAGUGGGGGGAAGGGAACGGGUCGUUGGCUUUAUGUUUCUCAUGAUCCGUUUGUGAGCUCUGAUAAUUCUGCUGCUUCGUCGUUACCAUUGCAUGAAAAGUUUGGACUUUCGCCUGGGGAUGGGAGGCCGCCGAAUGGGAAGGCUUUGAGGCUUGUUCGAUUUCAUUUUGAACCUUUGAUUCUACAUAUAAUGGCUGCAUCAUUACAUCACGCUCAACCCGUUUUAUCAGCUGCGUCAACCUCCGGCUUUCGCGAAAGUGGUCUUCAAAGUCUUCGAUGCCUAGAAGGCGAAGAAGGACCUAGUCCAAUUGUUGCCGUUAGAUCUUCCGGUUUAUCCCUUGAAUCUGUGAUCGGGUACUGCGAUGACAAUGACGAUGAAGGGGGCGAUGAGCCUGUUAUUCGUAGUUUGGUCUCGGAGGAAUAUCUGCAGAUGCUUAUUGCUAUGUCUAAUGAGCGGUUUGAAGUUAAUGCUGAGCGGAAAGAGAGGUUCCGGGCUGGGCUGUUAGAUGCUGUUAGGGGGAAGGUGAAGCCUGAUGGGUGGGAGGAUCCGGUUGUUAGGAGGGAAAGGAAGAAGGCGGAGGGAUUGGCGAAGAAGAGGGCUAUGGAGGAGAGGAAUUCGAAGGGGCCUGCUGGACAGGUUCAGGUUCAGGUUCCCGAGGACUUGGAGAUUGGGGCUUUUGGGGAGAGGGCUUUAUGA